UAUGCCCAGAUUUGUGUUGGAGAGCCCAGACCCAAUUGAAAGGUCUGGAAUGAGUUCAUCUUUUUCUCUCUCUCUCUCUUCUUCACAAGUCGAAACACAAUCAGAGCAAAGCUUUGAAGCAGUUAAAGACUUAUUUGGAAGUUGAAAAUUUGCAAGAGAGGAUAUUGUACUGAAGCUGAAAUCAAAUCCAUGCCGUUGAAUAUUGUUAAUGAUGUUGAUGGAUUGCCCAAAAUUAUCUUGACUGAGCCUACUGGUUCUUCUGCUGAGGUGCUUCUUUAUGGUGGGCAGGUUGUCUCCUGGAAGAACGAACGCAGAGAAGAAUUACUUUUUAUGAGUACCAAGGCUGUGUUGAAGGCACCUAAAGCCAUCAGAGGAGGCAUACCUGUCUGCUUUCCACAGUUUGGAAAUCUUGGCUCACUGGAGCAACAUGGAUUUGCAAGGAACAAAUUGUGGUCAUUGGAUAGUGAUCCGUUGCCUUUGCCUCCGGUGAAUAAUCAGUCGUCGGUAGAUCUGAUUUUGAAGUCCACAGAAGAAGAUUUGAAGACUUGGCCACGUAGCUUUGAGCUGCGGCUUCGAAUCUCUAUUAGUCCCGGCAAGCUUACUCUGAUCCCCCGUGUGAGAAAUACAGAUAACAAGGCCUUCUCUUUUACAUUUGCACUCUGUAACUACUUGUCUGUCUCAGAUAUCAGCGAAGUGCGUAUUGAAGGCUUAGAGACACUCGAUUACUUUGAUAAUCUGAUGCAGAGAGAAAGGUUCACUGAACAAGCAGAUGCAAUUACAUUCGACGCUGAGAUUGAUAGAAUAUAUUUAAGCACCCCCACAAAAAUUGCUAUUAUUGACCAUGAGAAGAAGAGAACCUUUGUGCUGCGGAAGGAUGGCUUGCCUGAUGCAGUUGUGUGGAAUCCUUGGGAUAAAAAGGCCAAGGCUCUCCAAGAUUUGGGGGAUGAUGACUACAAAACCAUGUUAUGUGUGGAUUCUGCUGCUAUUGAAACCCCAAUUGUCUUGAAACCUUUUGAAGAGUGGAAGGGCCACCAAGAACUAUCUACUGUGUCAUCAAGUUAUUGCAGUGGGCAGCUGGAUCCUGGAAAAGUUCUUUAUGGAUUUCAGUGAUCUCACCCAUGUAAUGAAUGGAUUUCUUGUAAGCUACACAAAUUGUCUUAUUUACUGUAACAUAUGCAUGUACUUGCUUUGUUGUUGUGCUCUUUCACAUUCCUAGAGUGAGAUGUAACAAGAUGCAUGUACUAGUUGAAUAACGCACUGAGGCGACACUGUCACAUUGUUGAGCAACAACAAUUUUUUUAAUGUUGCCUCUUUGUGAUAGUAUCAUUUGCCUCUUUGAUGUCAAAGUAUAGUUGAAUGAGUGAGUGUGAUUAUACUAUAGCUGUUGGUACAGAGAAUUAUAUUAAAUUCUGUUGAAAAGUUUAAA